AUGACGACCAUGGAUUUGCGUGUCGGUAACAAGUACCGUAUUGGCCGUAAGAUCGGUAGCGGUAGUUUCGGUGACAUCUACUUGGGUACCAACAUUAUCUCCGGUGAGGAGAUUGCCAUCAAGCUGGAGAGCGUCAAGGCCAAGCACCCCCAGCUCGAAUAUGAGGCUCGUGUCUACAAGUCUCUUGCCGGCGGUGUCGGUAUCCCCUUCGUCCGCUGGUUCGGUACCGAGUGUGACUACAAUGCCAUGGUUAUUGAUCUGCUGGGCCCCAGUCUGGAGGACUUGUUCAACUUCUGUAACCGCAAGUUCUCGCUCAAGACCGUUCUCCUUCUCGCCGACCAGCUUAUUUCCCGUAUCGAGUACAUCCACGCCAAGUCGUUCAUCCACCGUGAUAUCAAGCCUGACAACUUCCUCAUGGGUAUUGGCAAGCGUGGUAACCAAGUUAAUGUGAUCGAUUUUGGUCUGGCCAAGAAGUACCGCGAUCCCAAGACCCACUUCCACAUCCCGUACCGUGAGAACAAGAACCUUACUGGUACUGCCCGUUAUGCCAGUAUCAACACCCACUUGGGUGUCGAGCAGUCUCGCCGUGAUGACAUGGAGUCUCUCGGUUACGUGAUGCUCUACUUCUGCCGUGGCUCUUUGCCCUGGCAGGGCCUGAAGGCUGCUACCAAGAAGCAGAAGUACGACCGCAUUAUGGAGAAGAAGAUGACCACCCCCACCGAGGUCCUGUGCCGUGGCUUCCCCAACGAAUUCGCCAUUUACUUGAACUACACCCGCUCGCUCCGCUUCGAUGACAAGCCGGAUUACUCCUACCUCCGCAAGAUUUUCCGUGAUCUCUUCGUUCGUGAAUCCUUCCAGUACGACUAUGUGUUCGACUGGACUGUCUACAAGUACCAGAAGAACGCCGCCAUGAUCGUUGAUGCUACCAAGAAGGACAAGGACGAAGAAGCCGCACGCCGUCAGGGUGCUCCUGCUGCCGGCCCCAUAGCCGGUGGCGCUGCCGCCAAGCCCAGUGCCAUCUCGGGCCAGCGCCGCAAGGUCAUUGACCGUGGCACCCUCGACAACACUCCGGACACCAACCGUGCCGUGGGAGGAAGUGACAGGAUUCUUCGGCGUUAG